GAAAUCACUGAACCAUAAUGUUCGGGGGAUUCCUGUGUGAAUGCUGAAUGUCGUUGUCAUUAUUAUUUAUUUUCCACAUCUGUAGAUACAUUUUUUUGAGAGAAAGAUAAAAAAAAGUAUAUAUAAAAGAUUGCGCCUCCCACAUUCAUUUAACAAAACAGUUCAAAAUUUACCUUUUGCUUCGUAACUGUCGGUCGUCGUCGCAAGUUGAACAUUGUCGUUGUUAGGAAUAUUUUAAAUCUUCCCCAGGCUUUCACGUGAAGUCUAUUGAAGCAUAGGAUGCUCCUGUACCCUCUGCUGGUGAUAGCUUCAGCUACUUUCCACAUUAGUUAUGCCGAAGAGAGCUCUCUGUCAUCGUCGCAUGGACCCGAUUGGUGGCAAAGUACCGUUCUUUAUCAAAUCUAUCCCCGUUCGUUUAUGGACAGCGAUGGAGAUGGUAUCGGUGACCUACGGGGAAUCAUAUCGAAGCUAUCGCAUCUUUCAUCGUCGGGAAUUAAGGCGACUUGGUUGAGUCCUAUUUUCCAAUCACCCAUGAUCGACUUUGGCUAUGAUAUAUCCAACUUUACCGACAUUCAUGAGGAAUACGGAACGAUGGAGGAUUUUGAGGACCUAGUUGCGGAGGCUAAAAGAUUAGACAUUAAGCUGAUUUUGGAUUUCGUACCAAAUCACUCGUCGGAUCAGUGCGAAUGGUUUGUGAAAUCGGCAAAUCGAGAACCUGGCUAUGAGGACUUUUAUGUGUGGGCUGAUGGAGUCGACGAUGAGGAUGGAGAAAGGCAACCACCAAAUAACUGGAAAUCCGUGUUUUAUGGUUCUGCCUGGACAUGGAACCCGGAACGCCAGCAAUACUACCUGCAUCAAUUUACUGCAGCCCAGCCAGACCUGAACUACCGGAAUCCGAAUGUAAUUAAGGCUAUGGCGGACGUCCUAUUGUUCUGGCUGGAUAAGGGUGUUAGUGGCUUUCGUGUAGACGCAGUGAAUCAUUUAUUCGAAGUCGAGGACUUACGGGACGAACCGGAGACUGGCACCGUAAAGGAUUCGAAUUCCUAUGAAUUCUUGCAUCACUAUUACACAAAGGAUUUGCCAGAAGUUUACGAAAUAAUAUACAGCUGGAGGGAACUUUUGGAUAAAUACAAAGAGGAUAACGGUGGGCCAACACGAAUAAUGAUGACAGAAGCCUAUGCAAAUGUUACCUGCCUCAUGAAUUUCUACGAGGACGAGUCCGGGUUGCGCAAAGGAUCACACAUUCCAUUUAAUUUUAUGAUGAUUACGAACUUGUUCAAGACAUCCGAUGCCAGGGACUUUGUGUUCACAUUUCAGAGGUGGAUGACAUAUAUGCCGUUGGGUGGUACGGCUAAUUGGGUUAUUGGUAAUCAUGAUGUACCAAGAGUUGCCUCGAGGUUUGGCAAAGAAAUGGUUGAUGCUAUGAAUAUACUUUUGAUGACAUUGCCUGGAGUUGCUGUCACCUACAAUGGUGACGAAAUUGGAAUGGAAGACUUCCGAGAUAUUUUAUGGGAAGAUACAAAAGAUCCACCUGCACUAGCAGUUGGUCCAGAAAAGUACAAGGAAGUUUCUCGAGAUCCAGUAAGAACUCCUUUUCAAUGGGAUGGAACAAAAAAUGCAGGGUUUUCAACUGCUAGCAAAACAUGGGUCCCAGUUAAUCCUAACUUCAAAACUCUCAAUCUAGCUCUACAAAUGAAAGCUGAAAGAAGUCACUAUAAACUCUACAAGAAACUAAUUGAACUCAAAAAGUCACCAACAUUAGCCAAGGGAACUUUUUACCCUAUGGCACUUUGUCGGAAAACAUUUGCUUUCAAGCGAGAACUUAAAGGACAUCCAACUUUCAUCACAGUGAUAAAUGUAAGUCCGUCAGAAGUUGUUGUCGACUUAAGACCUCUGGGUGACUUGCCAAAGGAGUUAUCGAUUGUUGCCGCAGGAACAGAAUCCUCGUAUACUGAAGGAGAUACUGUUUUGGUCGAUAGAAUCUUUAUGGGUCCUCACGAAUCCUUGAUCCUUAAAAUGCGGCCAUCCAUGUCAGAAGAACGUCGGGAGCUCAUCAAAACCAUAAUUAAGUCAAGUAGUAUAAUUUUAGUUGGUAUGCUGAUGUACAGACUAUGGAACAACAAAUGGACCAAAUUGAGUUUUAAUAAGUCGGUUUUUUGAAAAAUAUUAAACCAACACCAAACUGAGUAUACACACAGGAAGGGAGCGAUGCGAUGGAAAAAUAGAUGGAAAAAUGUACAGAUACUCCCUUGAGGGGUUUUAAAUGAAAUUGUAUACAUACCAACAUUUUGUAAAUUUAAACAAAAAAUUAAUAAAUAAAUUUCGAAAAACAAUCCAUUCGGGAUGGAAUUGAA